UCGACCUGAAGUUAUUUUUGGGAGAUGGAAACAGCCCCGGCUGUGCCGAGAGCACCGGGAGGAGACCCCGGAGUGGGGGGAGCGGGGUCUGGAGGCAGGGAGAGCCUGGAAUGAGGAAGAGUUUCCAAAACUGAGGAGAUCCAGGAGCUGAGGAGAUCCCAGAGUUGAGGAGAGCCUGGAGCUGAGGAGAGCUCAGAGCUGAGGAGAGCUCAGAGCUGAGGAGAGCUCAGAGCUGAGGAGAGCUCAGAGCUGAGGAUACCCUGGCACUGAGGAGAUCCAGGAGCUCAGGAGAGCCUGGAACUGAGGAAGAUCCCGAGCCAGGAUGGGGUCAAACAUCAGCCGCUCUGUGGAGAUCCAGAUCUCCAACAAGACCCUGAACAUCGUCCUGAGGAACCCCAGGACCUUCUUCUUCAAUGGCCACAGUGUAAGGCCACGCGAGCCCUCGGUGGCCCCCGGUUCCUCCACCACCUGCCUGUUCAAGAGCAACACACGGUUCUGGGGCUGUAAGGGGCUCCUGGCCUUCGAGGCCGAGUCCUUCACCUUGGCCAUCUACUUCUCCAACCCCACCAACCACAACCGCUUCCAGCCCAAGAUGGGCCUGGAGCUGUCCCUGGACAAGGUUCACAUGGGGAACCUGAAGGACGCCUACGAACGCCUGGUCAGGAUCUCCCGCAGCAGCAGCCCCAAGGAAAAGCUCACUCUCCGCUCUGUCAUCCUCAAGGAAUCCCAGCAGAUUGUCCAGGUGAGCGCCGGCCCCGUCAAGGUGACGGCCACCAUGUCACAGGGCUGGGACACCGUGAUCGAGGUGAAGGUGGAGGAACAGGGGAGCUCCACUGUCACCCUCGACGAGGACUUCUUCUCCCCCGAGAUGGAUCUGGAGCUGUUCCUGGACAGGGUUCAAGAGGGGGGCACUGAGUCCGUCCACCAGCGCCUGCUCGGGAUGGCCCGCGGCAACAACUUUGCCUCCAUGGUCCUCAGGGAGUACCAGGAGCUGGCCGAGAUGAGCGCCGGCCCCGCCAGGCUCAUGGCUGCCGCAUUGAGAGCCUGGGACGCCGUGAUCAAGAGGAAGGCGAAGAAAAAGAAGAGCCCGGGCAGAGCACUUGAAGCCAGGGCAGAGAGCCAGGGCAGAGAGCUCGACGCCUGGGCAUGGCACGUCCAGGAGAAGUGAGAGCCUUCAGUGGGACCUCGUGGCCAGCCCUGGAACCAGGUACGAGAUGACCCCAGAAACCUUCAGACCCCGCGAGGAACCCUCAGAUGUUUUGACACGGGUUUUGCUUUGUGCUUUCUAUUUAAUUUGUGUGCCAGCACCCAUCCUCCCCUUCUCCCUGUAAUGCUGUCUCUCAUUUGUAUCUCUUUGCUCUAUUUUUAGAUUCUGUUCCCCAAUUGUUAUUUGCACUGUUUGGUGUCAACCCCUAGAAGUUUCCCUGUUGGCCCUCAAGCAUUUGUCCCCUCCCUAAUCCCUUACAAUUGUCAAUCCCCUGCACUCUCACCCCUCUUUCCAGAGCCUUCCCUGCUGAUCUUCCUGAACUCGAUGUCUCAUUUGUUAUCCUGUAUUUUUCCCCUUUUUUCCCUCCUUUCUCCCCUCACGAUUCCUGCCCUUUUCUCCCCUCACAUUUUUUGCCCUUUUCUCCUCUCACGUCUCCCGCCCUUUUAACAGGACUAUAAUAACUUUAUAAUAGCUCCUAAAACAGGACCUAAUCACUUUAUUAUCCUUUUUGGAUUAAGUUUGUAUUCCCUGCCUUCUCUUCCUCCCCUAGACUGCCUGACCUUCUGUACCCGCCCCAGACAUAAAUUACUGCCCGGCCUCUGGGUCGGGGUCUUUUGUGAUCUUUUGUGGUUUUUCCUCUUUUGUAUUUUAUGUUUUUGAAUCCCUAAAUAAACACCAGCUUCAGUUACCCCUCUGUCACCCUGGUUUUUCUGAGUUUUUUUAAAGCCUUCUACUUGUCCAUUAGAUGGAGUCAUUUCUUUAAUUUCUGUGCAAUAUUAAGGGUCAGUUUUUCACUUUCUCACACUUUGGAACACAAACAAUCUUUCUCAGUUUUUUUCCCUGUUGUUUGUUUGGAGGAAUAAAUAAAAACUUUAUUUCUACCCUCAAAAUAAUGUUGGUUUGCAGCCGGGUCUGGCCAGUGGGCAGCAACCCCAGAAGCCAAUCCAUAAUCAGACCCACAAAUUUAUAAAAAUGGAAGAGAUUAAACAGGCUCAGCUCUUUUUUGGGGAGCAGCUUUUCACUGCAGACCUCUUCCCUCCGUGUUGUUUUUUCCCAGAGUCACGGGGCGGCCACGCUCAGGAACCCUGCAGAAGCUUCUGGAAGCCUCUGGAACCCUUCAGGACCUCCAGCAGAACCCCUGGGGCACCAGAAGAGCCUCGGAGGAGCCUCUGGGACUCUCUGCACACCCCUGGAGCCCCAACGGGCAUCCCGGGGUCUGGGGUCUCCCUCUCUUGGAGCGUCCCCCCAGACCUCUCCUGUCCCCCUUUGGUUUGCUUUUGCUCAAUAAAAGGAGAAUUUCAGAGCUCGA